UUUUGUUUUGGUCCUCCUCCUCCCAGCUAAAGUCUAGCUAGCUCCCCAUCAUCCAUCUGUGUCUCCACGGCCGCAUUUUCUUCCACAGCAAACAGACAUGAAGAAGUUUUUCGAGGACAUAAAGAAGGACAUGAAGUUUAAAUCUGCGGGACCCGGGAAGAAACUGACAGAGGACACCAGUACCAAGCCCGAGGUGGUGCAGGGCAGCUCCAGUGCCAAGCAUAAUCGCUAUGCUCCCAGCGAAGGAUCCCAGAGGGCUGGAGCUGCUGCCCUGGCCAGGAUUGAGCAGCAUCAGCGGCCGAAGGUCCACACCUCUCAGGACGCCAUCAGGAACCAAGUGAAAAGAGAACUGGAGGCGGAGGCAGCUGCACUGGCUGAGAAACAAAAGGCAGAUGAAGCAGAGGGAGCCAAAGUGCCGUUGAAAGAUCCCGCCAUUCUCUCAGUGUCAGGUGUGUAUUUCACCUGUCCGCUAACUGGAGCCACAUUAACUAAGAGUGAGAGGGAAGUACGCAUUAAAGAGGCCAUUUUGAUGCGGUUUGAGGAGGAUGCAGUCGAGGCCUCAGUUAUGAUGAUUCACACAUUCAACAAAGACAGAGAGAAAGUGAAGGCUGCUGUGGACAUCAUAAGCAAGUAUAUUGAGAAUAUAUGUAAGAAUCCCACAGAGGAGAAAUACAGGAAGAUUAAACUCAGCAACAAGGUGUACCAGGAGAAGGUUCGUUGUGUGGAGGGCAGCAGAGAGUUCCUGGAGGCCCUGGGCUUCACGAGCAUUAUGCUUCCUGUGGACGGUCAAGAGGAGGAAGAGGAGUUCCUGGUGUUACUAGAGCACAGUCCUGAUGCCCUGGAGUUGAUGAAGGAGCGGAGGGAUCGUCUCCAGAGAGGAGAGCCCGUCAGAGCUCAGCUGGACAGACAACCUCAAGCAUUCAGAUCCUCUCCCAACGCCCAACGCUUCGAGCUGCCGCCAGAAUUCUACAACCUGACAGCAGAGGAGCUCAAGAAGGAGCAACAGCAGAGGAGUGAGUUGGUGGAGAAGAACGCCAUGCUGCGCACUAAAGCCAUGAGGGAGAAAGAGGAGCAGAGGGAGAGAAGGAAAUACAACUACACCCUGCUCAGGAUCAGACUGCCUGAUGGAAACCUGCUACAAGGGACCUUUUAUGCGUGGGACCGGCUGCCUGUGCUGUUUGCGUUUGUACGGGAGUCCUUGGUGGACGGCUGGCAGCCCUUUGACCUCAUCGCUCCUGGAAAUCAGAAACUAAAAGAGUCUGAGGAAGUCGCUCUUGCAGAGUGUAACUUGGUCCCUGCAGCUCUGCUCACAUUUGCCUGGGACGCAGCUGUGCAGGCUGAUAUCGCAGCCGCAGGUGGAAAGAGCGCCACCCUCCUCAAACCGGAGCUGCUGGAAACCAUUCGGACCCUGAGCUGAGCAGACGGACCGUCCCUGAACUCUCCCUGCAACCUCCCCCCUCUGGCACUGCGGGGGUGGGAUUGCCCCUUUCAAAUGACUAGUGAUAAGUUUAUUUUUACAAAUGCUAACUUCAGUCAGUAGCAGUGUUAGACCAGGGGGCAAGUUCACCCUAAUGCGCUUGUUUUGCUGAGCAUACCCUUCUCUCUCCAUGUGGGGGUGACGUCCCCUCACAGACCGUCUCAGCAGCACAUUUUACUGAAGGAAACGCUACUAACAGAUGUAAGGAGGAAGCAAGGACAGGUGGUCUUUUUGUUGCAUCCUGAAUUUACAUGCUGUGUCACAAACAGACUGUGGCAGCAGCCGUCUGUGCUCUAUCUAUCCAGCAGUCAGCCAGUCAGGUAUUCUUCAUGUGGCAUGUUGAGAGACCUUGUUUUAACUGUGUCGACACUUCCUCCUCUUGUUUGAAGUAAACAGUCCAUCUUGCUUACACAACAGUUGGAUUAGCAGUGCGUCUGUACAGUCAUGUAGAGGGAGAUCAGGAGUAGAGGAGCCAAGUACCUCUGGUCAGAUACUGUUGACUUGUGUUGGUGUGUCGGCACCGAGCUGCUGGGUGUCUGUGCACUUGCUUUGACUUGAAAUGCUAUCAGUUUUGACUUUUAAGUCUUUCGUCUGUCAACUGAUGGUUGUCCAGUCUGAUUUGAUGUGAUGUGAGUCUGGCUUGCCCGUUUGUCCUCUGCUCUGCAGUGGUGUUGCACUCCUUGUUGUACAGCUGACUUCUAAUUAAAAUUUUAAAUGUGAUUUAUCUGUACGUUUAUGAGCACAAGCCCAAAUCAUAAAUAAAACACAGGUUCAGUGUGACGUAUUUAGGAGGAUUUAGUGGUGAGGAUUGAAGAUUGCAACCAGCUGAAACUUUUAUCGGUUAGAAUUCCUGUUCAAGAGGUUUUAACCAGGAGCUGAAUUAUCCACAGAGGUCUCCUCAAAUGGACCAGGUGAUUUAAACUGGUAAAAACGCUGAAAAAAGCAGUUUCACGUUACUAAUCAGUGUUUCUCAGGUGCUGUUUGGCUCCUCACAGAGGGCUGCUCCCUCAGCGCCUGCUAACGUGUGCUCACCUUUCUUCUCUGAUAACUUAAGAUCCAGUCGUUCAGAGAAUUUUUACCGGGAGCCGAAUUCUCUUCUUCAUCUUAAAACACAUAGUUCAAAAUGACAAAAAUCUAAAAUGUGUAUUGAAAAACGUGCCCUAAAAAGUCAAUUUAUGGCAGCGUCUUACAGAAAACCACAACCCUGACGCAUGCACAAUAUGAUGCCAAAUGACAUGGACUGUGUGACUGCAAUUUCUCUGGGUUUGAAAAUUAUUAAAAACAUUUGGGACAAUGUAAAAACACAACUCGACAAACUAUAUAACAUUUGUCUCGUGUUAAAAACACUGAAUAAAACAGUUUCACGUUACAAAUCAGUGCUCUCUGAUGUUGUUCGGCUUGUCGCAAACGGGCCGCUAGCCACUUGAUGACCUUUUUGCUCUGAUAACUUCAGAUCCAGAUGUUCAGGAGGUUUUUACCAGGAGCUGAAUCAUCUCCAGAGGUCUCUUCCUCUUCAGAACAAAUGGACAUGUUGAUUUAAACCAGUAAAAACAAAAAAAAAAUCAGCUUUUUACGAUGUGGUUUGCCUCAUCACGGAACUGCUGCAAACUACAGUGGUCGACAAGAAAACACAAAUGUCUCUAUCUAGAGUCAGUGUUUGGUUUGUCCUUUCUGGGCUACUGUAGAAACAUGGCAGCGCAACAUGAUGCUCCCUAUGUCGAUAUAAACGGUUCAUUAUAAAUUUACAAAACCACAAUUCUCAUUUUCAGCUGAUUCUACAUCAAAGAAAACAGACUUAUUACAUCAUAUUCCAUUUUUCCUGUAUAUCCCUCUACGUCCUUCACACUGAACCUUUAAAUUAAGGUCAUACACUCAUGUGGUCCCCAAUAUAUUCAGUUUAUAAGUGUUAGCCAUGUGCUGACAAUGUGAUGGUGAUUCUAAUACCAAAAUAUUUUCUUGUAUUUCAACUUUUAAGCACUUUUCAGGACUAUUUAAACUUUAUAAAACACUAAAGAGCGUCCUAGAUGUAAAAUGACAGAUGUCGAUCAUGUGACUGUGUCCACAGUACUCUAGUGAUGAAUGGUUUAACGCAGACGCUCGCUGCAGAAGCUUCAUGUAACCAACUCGCUCCUCUGGCAUGCAGGCAGGCAUGAUUUACAUUUCUGUUGUUAAACCUGGCAGCAUGGACUCGUGUUGUCUCGAUGAUGGUGGUUUUUAUUCAUCUUUGAGUACUUGUUUGUAUCAAACACAUUUCCUUGAGGUAAAAAAGGGUCUUUAUUUUAAACAUAAUGGGAAUACGUAACAGUGUGAUCCAUAGCGCCUCCCAGCACACUGAGUGCAAUGAGAAAUCAAAGCUGUGUUUUAAUUUACCCUAAAAUUGUGUUAACUGUUUGAGAUCCAGCCUUUCCCUUAAAAAGUGUCAUUAGGUAUGAUAAAUUAAUUUUGGUAGUGGUUUUGUUGUGCAUGAAUCUAUACCAGGUAAAUCUGUCAAAACCAAGUAUAGUUUCUCCUGUUAGUGGUCGGUUAAGAUGACAACAACCUACCUCCCAUCGCUCAUGUCUGAUACAUCCCAAGUGAGUCGUACAGAAACAUGUGACUGAAACAGAUCUUAAAGGGGCGGUUUGGAUUCUUUAAGCAGGUUUGUAUAAGGUACAUAUCCACAGUCAGAGUAUUAUGUACAGCAGAUGGCGGUUGGCACACCUCCAUUUUGGAGAAGCAGGCAGGAGUACCGCCACUGAAGCUAAGCAAUGUGCUGCUGUGAACAGGGGCAGCAGCAAGACUUGUUUUAGCCGUCAGAAGAAAUCUAUAUUGGUUGAUAUGUGAGCUAUAUUUAAAAUAUUGUCUCUGCUUUACCUUGCUGUCAGAGAGCUGUUUCCACCGGAGAACUGAAGCUGUUAUCUGUGCGCCAGUCAUUUUACCUCACAGAUCACGGGAGCUGCUGGUGUAGCGCUGCCUCGGUCAGUUUGCUUGUGUUCCUGUGUGAUUUUGGUGUUAGGGUUAGUUUGGAUUCAUUAGAGGUCGUACACAUGCUGCGUUUUUUACCGCCUGGAAAACACAAGGUCGGGCACUGGGUGCUACUUUUUUGGGCCACAAUCAAGAGGUGCAGCUGUUGAAAUCCUGAGUGCAGAGCUGAUUGUCUUCCAGGAGCUGCUUAUAAGUGUGUAGGCCUAUCGUCUGUGGGACAGAUGUGACGCUCUGAGUAGCCCUGCGCUAAAACUGAUCACAGACUGAUAUUUACGGGAGAAGGGAAAGGUAUCUGUUGGCUGUGAUUGGUUGUUCCUCGUCACAUGACGUGCAGUGUGCCCUGCUGUGUUCCAAAAGUAGAACUUGUCUACUAUUUAUCUUAGAGCGCAGCUGUCGUACCCUAAAAAAUGGGUGCUCAGGAACGGCGUUUGAGCACGCCUGCCACACGCCUACAUUGAAAACAAUGAAUUUGAGAAUGCAAAAAACUGGGCGUGUGUAUGGCCUCUUAAAGGGAUAGUGCACCCAAAAAUGAAAAUUCAGCCAUUAUCUACUCACCCGUAUGCCGAGGGAGGCUCAGGUGUAGCUCUAACUGCCUCUCUGUGCACCGCGCUCACACUCACUGCGAAAGCACGUGAACACACAUGAAGGCGGUGCCCAUGUCUCACGUAAGCGCACACGUGAGCGCGGUGCACAGAGAGGCAGUCAGAGCUACAGGCUACAAUGAGGCUAAAAACAGAGUUCAAAUGGCGUUUUUCCAAAUAACUUUUUAUGUCGGGGCUUCAGGACACUUGGAUCACUACGGACGAGCAGUAUGGAGAUAUUUUGUGGUUUCAAUUAUGUGUUUUUGGACGUUUGAAUCUGGGGCGCCGUCAGCCUCCAUUAGGUGGAGUUGUGUUGCUACCUCCUCUCCCCUUGGAUCUCUGUAAGUGUUGUGAGGACUCUAAAACUUCACCUGAGCCUCCAUCGGCAUAUGGGUGAGUAGAUAAUGGCUGAAUUUUCAUUUUUGGGUGCUCAAUCCGUUUAAAGUCACACUACAAAAUGAGACGAACUGCUUGAGGUAGCAGCAGCCGAGCAACUCCCAUGUUCUGCAAGGUAAAAUUACUCGGGUAAAAAAGGAGACAGAAAGGAGAGAUAAAAUGUGGCUCUUCGAUCGAUCUCAGCAUUACGAUCCAGGGAAAAACUCACCCCAGUAUUUAUGCAAUCUGCCUGUGACAAAUGUAAUGUGAGGCGGACAUCAGGUCAGGGCAAAAAAAAUAAAUAAAAAAGUGAUGAGUGCAGAGCCAAGUCCAAAAUGGUAUUGAAGUACAUUCCUCUACAUUGUAGGAAGCUGAAGUGAAUCCAGGUCAUGGUGAUAGAAAGUGCAGUAUCGUAGGCAGCUGGACUUGCUUGAGUUUCUUGAAGACGUUUCGCCUCUCAUCCAAGAAGCUUCUUUAUGUCAACGUCUUCAAGAAACUCAAGCAAGUCCAGCUACCUACGGUUCAUGAAUCUCACUGGUGACCUAUUAUGAAGUCGAAGAGUCGUUUUUUGUUGAAGGUCGUCAAGGUCACAGCCCUGAUUACAGGUAACGGUAAAGCAGUGUAAAUAUUCUUAAAAUAGAGCACAUUUAAACGGAUUCUUUUUAAGUAGCUGAAAUGUUUUGCUGCUGCCCCCGUCUACAGCUGUACACUUCUGUGGUUGUGCUUCUGCCUGCUUCUCCAAAACUGGACGUGUGCUGACAGACAUGUAUUGUAAGAAAAAACUAUGGAUAACUACCUCAUACAGCCCCACUUAAAAUAAAUCUAAACUAUCCCUUAUAACAGUAGAAAUAAUUAUCACCACUUUAAACCAGCAUUAUUAUUAUUAGUUGCACACCAAAACCUCAUCUCAACUGUAAAAUCUGAUCAACAGUCACAGCAUUUGUGAGGCCAAGUCGGCCAUAAGCAGCAUCUCUGUCCAGCACUGGCCCCACAGGUAUUACAUGAAGGGUGUAAAUGUUUCAUCAGCAUUGUAAGCUUAUUAAAAUGAUUAGUGAGCAGUUGUGUUCUGUUGCUUUUUAACCUGCCUGUAAUCAAGAUCGCUUGCAUUGCAUCAUUUCUUUUGUUUAAUAAACAGAAUUAUGAGGCGAGUGUCGGUGUUUGAUCUGUGGAAAGUGAAGCUCCU